AUGUUCCGACUCGCGGGCUCGCGACUCGCCGUGUCGAUCACCGCAACACUUCUCGAGAAGAAGAGGGGAAAUGCAGCUGAGCCUAUCCCAACGAACAUAGCAGCAUCUGCAUCGAUGGAAGUUGCUCCACGGCGUGUAGGGACCGUCACGUCAUUCAUGCACCGCCGUGGUUACGGGUUCAUCACUGCAUUACAACUUUCCUCCAGUGACUCACCAGACACGCAGUGCCUCGCCUCAGCGGAACUAGAGGCAGCAGUGAGGGAGAAUGCGGAAAACUUUUUCUUCCCACGCUCCUCACUGGAUGGCGGAUUUUACGUAAGUCAAGGCCAAACCGUAACUUUCGACGUGCUACCUAGCCCUCAAGUUAAUGAACAGGUUGAGAAAGAGCACAGGGAAGCGACGGAGGACAUAGAGGCCAGUGGAGAUCCUCCUAAGUCACUACCAGUUGCCCGCCAUAUUCGACUGUGUGACUUGGAUACCGGAAAGGAACGUCCGGUCACCCCGGUGAUGUUGCACGGUUGCGUGCAGAGUUGGGACACAAUCACCGGAUCGGGUUGCAUUGCUGAACUUGACCUUGCUGGAAACCUCCAUGAUGAUGCUCCGUGCUUCAAUUUUAGCCUUGAGGACCUGGACGUUGUCAACAUCAGCGACUUGCAUCAAGGUUGUUUUGUGCGGUUCUGUAUCGAGCGUGGUGAUCGCAAUGCCGCACGGCGUGUUAUUAUCGACCGUUCAACUGGGAAAAGGCACGCCCCGCUGCAGCAAUGGCGUUCGUCCCAAGGUGCAUCGAGGGCCUUGGGGUUUGCUGCAGAUUCUAAGCCAGCAGCUGCACGUUAUUACGGUACAGUGCGGGAAUUAGUAGACGGACGCUUUGGUUUCAUUGUGUUGGAGGAAACUGGUGAAUCCAUAUUUUUCCAUAUGAGCAACGUGGAUCAAGACGAUCAAAAUGCUAGCAUCAAGGUUGGGGACACAGUCUCAUUUAUUUUGCGUGGCGUAUCGCAAGGAAAACACGCGGGCAAGCGCACCUGCUUAAAAAUAAGGAGGUGCUCCCCACAACCGUCUUUGGCGUCACGGAACCACAACUCUGGGAAAGGUACAAACCAUCUUUCUGAUGACGACGACGACGAUGAAUUCAAUCUACUUGAGUGA